AUGAAUUCCAACCAGAGCUUCAGCAAGAACCCCUCAGUUUCCCUCUAUGCCACAGGAGGCGGCUGGGGCCAGCCAGGGAGCUUCCCCCGGGCUCCCAGUGUCCAUGGUGGUGCCGGGGGUGUCCGCAUCUCGCUUUCCUUCUCCUCACCGAGCUGUCCACUCCCUGAAGGGUCUUGGAGGUCUGGAAGAGGCAGUUCCCUCCUAGGCGGAAAUGGGAAGGAGAUGAUGCAGAACCUCAAUGACCGCCUGGCCACCUACCUGGAAAAGGUGCAUGCCCUGGAGGAGGCCAACGUGAAACUAGAAAGCUGCAUCCUGAAGUGGCAUCAGCAAAGAGAUUCAGGCAAUAAGCAAGACUACUCCCAAUAUGAGGAAAGCAUCAGCCGCCUGCAGGAGCAGAUAGCAGAUGGCAAGGUGAACAACGCUCAGAUCAUCCUUCUCAUCGACAACGCCAGGAUGGCAGUGGAUGACUUCAGCCUUAAGUAUGAAAAUGAACACUCCUUCAAGAAAGACUUGGAAAUUGAAGUUGAAGGUCUCCGAAAGACCUUGGAUGAUCUGACCAUUGUCACCACAGACCUAGAACAGGAGGUUGAGGGGAUGAGGAAAGAGCUCAUCCUCAUGAAGAAGCGUCAUGAGCAGGAAAUAGAGGAAAACCAUGUGCCAAAUGACUUCAAGGUCAACGUGAAGGUGGAUACAACCCCAGGAGAAGAUCUGAUUAAGGUCCUGGAGGAUAUGAGGCAGGAAUAUGAGUUUAUAAUUAAAAAGAAGCAUCAAGACUUGGACACUUGGUACAAAGAGCAGUCAGCAGCCGUGGCCCAGGAGGCAGCCAGUCCAACAGGUGUGCAAAGCAGCCAAAGUGACCUUCAUGAACUGAAGCGCACUUUCCAGGCCCUGGAGAUUGAUCUGCAGGCACAGUGCAACAAGAAAUCUGCUUUAGAAAACAUGUUAUCAGAGACCCAGUCUCGGUACACCUACCAGCUCCAGGACAUGCAACGGAUCAUCUCCCAUUAUGAGGAGGAACUGACACAGCUACGCCAUGACCUGGAGCGUCAGAAUAACGAAUACAAGGUCCUCCUGGGCAUCAAAACCCACCUAGAGAAGGAAAUUGCCACCUACCGCCAGCUCUUGGAGGGAGAGAAUGGAGGGACAAUGGAAGAAUCUAAGUCAAACGUCAAAGCUCCAAAGAUCAAGGCCAUCACACAGGAGAGCGUCAAUGGAAGAAUAAUUCUUUCUCAAGUGAAUGAGAUCUGA